UCGCUCUCACCAGCCAGCAAGGAUGUCGCGCGUCACGGAGCGUAACAAGCCCGACGACGAGGACGCCAGCCAGCUCAAGUUCCCCGCCGGCUUCAACGACGAGGACACGCUGCGGCAUAUGCUCACCAUCAGCGACGUCAAGGUGCUCCUCGAGGUGACUGAGAUGACGGCCCAGGCCGAGGGCAAGCCCAUCCCCGACAACCCCGUGUACAACAAGACCAAGGACUACGUCUCGACCUUUGCCCGCUUCCCCGACCAAGAAGUCGCGCAUCAAGCCCGCAGCGACGUCCCCGAGGAGAACUUCCAGUUCUACGAACAGGUGCAGCUCGUCAACCUGUGCCCGAUGGAGGCAGAAGAGGCAAAGGCGCUCAUCCCGAGCAUCAAGAUGGACGACGAGCAGCUGCAGGGCUUCCUCGACAACCUCACCUUGACGCGCAAGAACCAGCAGGUCUGAAGGGGGUUGCACGACUCGCCCUCUCGCAUUUCUCUCUCCCUCUCUCUCGCUCUCUCCCGGGCACGCACUCGCAGACGCAUGUUGUAACGAUAGAGCAGUACCUU